GAGGCCCAGCAUUUAAAGAUACAUCUUGUUUUAUCCAAUUUAACUUUAACUUUAGUACCCCUGUUGAGCAUGAGCCUGUGUCUAUCAGCUGCGCUCCUCCUGCUAUGCCUGCUGCUUCGGCCAGUCCGUCUUCUGCUGCUGCUGCUGCUGCUGCUUCUACUUCUUCUCACAGUGGUGUCCAUCGGAUGACGCUGCUGCCAGCUUCUGCUUCAUCUGGGGCUUAUGACUCCAUCUCAUCCUCCUGCCAAAGCUUCCACCAUCAAGCUGCGACUUCCACCUCCUACCAGUCCCAAAAGAGAACCUACACCUCAGCCCCAGCUCCCCAUGGGCCAGCUCCCCAUGGGCCAGCUCCCCAUGGGCCAGCUCCCCAUGGGCCAGCUCCCCAUGGACCAGCUUCCCAUGGACCAGCUCCCCAUGGACCAGCUCCUUACACUGGCUACAGUGAAGCCCCAGCACCUGCUCCGAAGCCAAGAGUUGUGACCACUGCAAGCAUAAGGCCCUCGGUCUAUCAGCCAGCAGCUCCAGCACCCGCCCCACCGUCGGUGUCCACACAUACCUAUAUUCCAAGCCAACCUGAGCCUGCAAGUCGUCCCCCCUGGGUGACAGAUGAUUCCUUCUCCCAAAAGUUUGCUCCUGGGAAAAGUACAACCACCGUCACCAAGCACAUUCUGCCAAAGGGUGCUCCGGUGCCUCCAUCUUCUGCUCCACCUCCCUCAAUUCCCGCGUCCAUCCAGGCUCCUGCCAUCGCACGGGGAACCAUCCAAAGAGCAGAGCGCUGCCCCGCCGGUAGCCGAACUCCGCUCUGUGGACAUUGUAACAGCAUCAUCAGAGGGCCGUUCUUGGUAGCCAUGGGUCGCUCUUGGCACCCUGAGGAAUUCUACUGUGCUUAUUGCAAGACCUCUCUGGCUGAUGUGGGGUUUGUUGAAGAACAGAACAGCGUCUACUGUGAGCAUUGCUAUGAACAGUUCUUUGCCCCGACCUGUGCCAGAUGCCAUGCCAAGAUCAUGGGGGAAGUGAUGCAUGCUUUGAGGCAAACUUGGCACACCACUUGCUUUGUCUGCGCUGCCUGUCGGAAGCCGUUUGGAAACAGCCUCUUCCACAUGGAGGAUGGAGAACCCUACUGUGAGAAAGAUUAUGUUGCCUUGUUCAGCACCAAAUGCCAUGGAUGCGACUUCCCCGUUGAGGCUGGAGACAAGUUCAUUGAAGCCCUUGGUCACACCUGGCAUGAUACAUGCUUCAUUUGUGCUGUCUGCCAUGUCAAUUUGGAAGGUCAACCAUUUUAUUCGAAGAAAGACAAACCUCUGUGCAAGAAACAUGCCCACGCCAUCAACGUCUAAAGAAAGAUCCAGAAGGGAAUAACGAAGUAAAAAAGCGCGGAGGUUGAUUCAACAGAUUAAAUAUAGAUCCCUAUGGAUGUUGGAAGAUAGGGAAGGGGAAGGGGAGGUCACAAAUUAUGGACACUUUGAAUUAUGCUUUUGUGUGUGCAGAGAUUUGGUGUACAAAAGAGUGAAUAGCUUGACAGCCAACUUGGGCUGCAAAUGCUUGAGCAAAAUGAACAAAAUAACGGGGAAGUUUCCGUGUAAACUUAUUGACCAGGAAAGGUUUACCUUAGUAGAACACAUUAACAUUACUGUUAAAAUAAACAAAUAGAAUCCUUUCUUAUAAUACAACUCAAAAGUGCCAAUUUACGCAAAGUAACGUAGAGUCAGAGUCCAUUGUGAUGAGUCAAUUAAGUAUUCCUUACCAAGCCAACAGAGAGAUAUUCCAUUGUUACAUGUCGUGACUCUUCUUCACACUUACUUAGAUGUGGCAUAACUUUUAGGUUUUAAAAAAAAAUUGUAGGCCAGAUAGAAUUUACUAAAAACACGCCAUGGACUGAACCCAAUCAAAGCUUGAAUCCAAAACACAACUAAAAACCCCUCUGGUAAUUCUCCCUAAUUACCAGGUUUUCUUGUAUAUAGGUGUGGUUUUCCUCGAUUUAAAAAAAAUGUGCUUUUUUCCCCCAAGCUGGUAAAUUUUGGGGAUAAUAUCAGACACUCCCCAAUAAUCGUGAAUGGCUCUUCCUAAGUCUCAUUCCUAGAUUGACUACAUCCCCCUAGAGUAGAACUGUUAGAGAAUGAUUUUCAAAGGACUCCGGAUGUGUGUGGACCUUGAGCUUCUGAUCGUUGGUAGAUAGGUUGGGCAAAAUGAUAAGAAGGAUUGCAUGGAAGAGUGAAGAGUUAACUCAAGAGUAUCAGUUGUCCUUCAUCUGCUACUGUGGAAGGCAGGAGAACAGUGGUGGUAUUCAAUUUUUUUUUACUACCGGUUCUGUGGGCGUGGCUUUGUGGGCGUGGCAGGGGAA